UUAUUUUCUCCAUAUUCCCACAGAAUUUCACAGCUCGCAUGACAUACAGAGAUGCAGUUCUACAGUACUUCUGUGGCCUUGACAAAGCCUUGGUGAACUUGAUGAAAAAAGUUCCUCCCCUAAAUCAUCUCCCAAACAUAUUAGAAAUUGUGGCUGCUCUUUUCUUUAAUGCACAUUCUAUUAUUUAUAUCAAAUCAAGGCCCACUUGUCCCAUGCCAAGUCUUAUUAGUACAGUUCUUCUUCCAAGUGCUGUGUACACUGCAGAGAAACCUCUCAACUCACUCUUGGCUUCAUCACUGGCAAACACUCUACCGAAGAUGGUGUGUGGAUUGGGUUGCUUGGGCUUGGCACAAGACCCAUACCUAGUGCGUUGUGUGAAAGAUGUCUUCACGCACUAUAUCUAUCGCUUUCCAGUCAAGACCAGCAAAAACUACACAACUACAACACAUCCUUUUAUUAUUUGUCUUCAUGAUGCUGAAGUAAGAGAGGAAGUCCUUCAUGAACUCCGCCCUAUAUUUUUGGAGGUUGUACGUGACAGUUACUUAGGCAAGCGAGGUGUCAGCACUCUCCACCUUCACAUAGUAAUUUCUCUGAUAUUGGAGCUGUUAAACAGAAAUACAUAUGAAUGGCUUGAGGGAAUCUCUUCUUUGUUACUUCUGCCCCUCUUAGAACUGAUGCUUACACUGGAGGACCAUGCAACAAAGAGAGUGGCAACAGAUCUCCUCCAGAAAGUGCUGCAGGAGGCUGAAAAUCAGGACACACCACUUAGAGGUAAACUGGUGAAAUGUGUGAGACAGCUGGUAGUGCAACAUGUGUCCUGGUCAUCAGCAAGAUUGUUCCGAGUGUUGAGUGUUUUGGGGGUGCUACACAGGGAAUUGUUGGUUGACUGUCUCCCACACAUUGCUCAAGCUGUUACAGCUACAGAGGAAAAGAGAGGCACAGGACUGGAUCAUACACUACGACAUGGGUACCAGACACUCCUGGCCAGCUUAGGUGUAAAUGAGGGAGAUAUAAAACCUUCAUAGAAUCGGUUCCACACUGUACAGUGUCAAAACCAUGCAGCCCUCAUCACACAUUUGACCAUCAACUGUGGCCUACUUGUGUAGGAAGGUUGAGGACCACUGGUUUAGCUCAAUGAAGGAGAAUGCACAUGCAGUGGUACCCCAAGUUUCGUACAGCUUCCAACUCAAACAAUUAUGUAAGUGUAUUAUUGUCAGUGCUUUUGUAAGUGUUUUUUUUUGGGGGGUCUGAAAUGGACUAAUCUAAUUUACAUUAUUCCUUAAUCCUUAAACGUCCAAACGUAUAUAUGAGCUCUUGCGCCCUAAACGUAUAUAUGUGUUGUUUUUCCUGCCUUCAAAUUUGGCAAGAUUGGCCUGAGAUGCCUUGUCAGCAUAGAAUGGGUCCUAAUACUCAGUGUGCGCAGUAUUAGAAAAAUCUGGGACCACUUAGUACCUUGUGGGAGUGCCAGCUAGAGCAAACAGUGCGGCAAACACCAAGGAUUCACUGAUGUAAUGUCAUAUUAACACUCCUCUUUUAAGAGGAAAGUGAUGUUAACCCCAAGUUUAGGGUCUGUCUACCUCUGUCUAUUUGUCUCUGUAUCUCUCUCAAUCUGUCUCUCUUUCUGUCUAUCUCUGUCUCACAGGUACACAUAAAUACAAGUAUACAUAGUGUAAAUUACCUAGGAUAACCCAAAAAAUCCAGACAAAGUGCUAUACUCUGCUUGAAGAUGUGAGUAAACGUGAUGACGACGCAGUCUUGUGGCUCUCUCUGAGACAGAGAGCUAGAUGGAUAGACAGAUAGACAGGGAGCUUGACAGACAGACAAAUAGACAGACAGACAUGUUUGUGUACCAGCGAAAACAAAGUGAGGGCGAUGCUUAUGAAAUAUCACCUCUAAUUUUUUCUUAUCAGCUGCACCCUCCCCCACCCUCGUGUAUGCUCGUCAAACGUCAGCUCUUAUCAGUUAUCUCAUCUUAUCAUGUCACUGUCAUGGGUGGACUUUGUUUUUCAUGCUUCAAGGGAACUUAUUAUUACCUAUUAUUAUUAUUACUUAUUAUUAUUCUCCUCC